AUGGCCGCAAAAUCACACACGAUUCUGCCCACCGCAGAGAGGGCAGGCUAUUACCAGAAGCCGCACAAGCCAAACUACAAGAAACUUGCUGCGGGCAUCGCACUGGUCAUUGCGACAAUCGGCUUGCUCUAUAGGCCGGCAGUCCAUCACUAUGAACGCAUUUAUCAACAAGCCAGCUCCAAGACGCACUCAGUCGAGGAGAGAGCGCGCAACAUCUUGUCAACUACUCCUCUAAUUGAUGGUCACGUCGACUUUCCUAUUGCUGUGCGCGGCUAUUAUGGCAAUCAUCUAGAUGGAGAUUCGUUCUCUGGCCCCUUUGAAGAUGGAACGCUCAAGGGUCACGUCGAUCUCGCUCGAUUAAGAGCUGGUCGUUCCGGAGGUGCUUUCUGGAGUGUCUUCGCACCCUGCCCGAAGAACGGCACAGACUUUUCGGAUGCCAAUUAUGCUGAUAGCCUCCAAUUCACGCUGCAGGAGAUUGACAUCAUGAAGAGGGUGUUUGCCGCUUAUCCUAAUGACUUUGCCCCUGAUGUCGACGGCUCCGAUGCGAUUAGUGCAUUCCGGGCUGGAAAGCUGGUUUCCCCCUUGGGUGUUGAGGGUCUUCACCAGAUUGCCAACCUGGCUGGCAACCUACGCCUGUUUCGCGAUCUCGGUGUGAGAUAUGCGACAUUGACUCACAACUGCCACAACAAGUUUGCAGACGCCGCCCUGUUAGAGAGUCCGUUGAGGGCAGCCCCGCCGGCUUGGAACGGCCUCAGCGAUGAUGGACGCCAGUUGGUUCACGAAAUGAACCGCAUUGGUAUGAUUGUCGAUCUCUCUCACGUCAGUGAAAAUACAAUGGUGGAUGUCCUUGGCGGGAAGUCAUGGGAAGGCUCUAAGGCACCCGUCAUCUUCUCACACAGCUCAGUCCACAACAUCUGCCCCCACCCGCGCAACGUCAAAGACCAUGUCCUACAGCUGGUUAAGAAGACCAACUCUGUGGUCAUGGUCAACAUUGCUCCGUCGUUCAUCUCGUGUGUCGAAAGUGACAACGAGUACGGCCUUCCUGCCGACGACCCUGACAAAGCCACCUUGGAAAAGGUCGCUGAUCACAUUACGUACAUUGGAAACCUCAUCGGCUAUGAUUACGUCGGCAUUGGCACCGAUUUUGAUGGUAUAGGAUCUGUCCCCAAGGGCCUCGAAGAUGUCUCCAAGUAUCCCGACCUGAUCGCCGAACUGUUGCGACGAGGAGUCAGCGACGUAGACGCCGCAAAAAUUGUGGGAGGCAAUGUCAUUAGGGUCUGGAAAGAGGUGGACGUUGUUUCCGCUCAACUAAAGGCCAACGGCGCGCCCAUCAUGGAAGACAAACUGUAA